AUGGGUAAUCAGCUUUCAGCAUACGAGGAAAAGCCUCAUGAAGUUGAUCUCGGAAUCAAUGGCCGGAUCAAAGGUGUUCAAUACGAUGAUAAGGCUCGGCGAUACGCCGGUGUUCCGUAUGCUCUCCCGCCAGUGGGCGCACAUCGCUGGAGAAAGCCCAGAGCAUUGCCCGGAACUUUCACAUACACCCAGGAAGAUGGGACUCCUUUCGAUGCCUCUGAGUUCCGUCCGAUCUGCCCCCAGGGGACCUUUUCAAGCAGCGCAGAAAAGGAUAAAGGCUCCGAUAAUUACAGCGAGGACUGCUUGAUUCUCAAUAUCUGGACGCCAGCUGGAAAGUCAAAGGAUAACAAGAAGUGGCCCGUUGUACUCUGGCUGCACGGAGGUUGGUUUCAGCUUGGCGAACCACUCCAAGAGCUCGGCAUGGAUCCCACCGAGUUGAUCUCCACGGGUGGGCUCAACGCGAUCGUCAUCGGCGUAGGAUAUCGUUUGAACAUCCUUGGCUUCUUAGCCGGCCAAGCACUGCUUGAAGAUAGCAAUGGCGAGAGUGCCGGAAACUUUGGGCUCUGGGACCAACGGCUUGCCAUGGAAUGGGUCUAUGAGCAUAUCGCGGCCUUUGGUGGUGAUAUCAACAACAUUACGUUAGGCGGCCGAAGUGCGGGUGCUUAUGGAGUUCAUGCACAAGUGCUCCAUGAGUUCCGACAAGAAACACAACUAUUCCAUCGCUUUUAUAUGUAUUCGAAUGCGAUUCCGGCCCAACCGAAAGCUCUCGAUGAUGUCAACCCGCAAUUUGAAGAACUUUGUGAGCACUUCAAAAUUCCGGCCGAUUUGUCUGGCGCGGAGAAGGUGGAUCAGCUGCGAAAGGUCGGCUAUCGAGAAUUGAUAGCUGCCAUCUCGCAUCUCAAGAAUCACACUUUCCGUCCUGUGACCGAUAAUCUGUUCAUUUACCCAGGUUUCACGGACUAUCACCACAGCGGGAAGUUUGCAGAGGAGUUCAAGAAACGCAAGCUCCGGAUCUUGAUCGGCGAGGUGCUAAAUGAGGAGACAUUAUAUGCAACUUACAACACCCCUGAUCCAAACCUGGACUCGUUGCGGAUGCAAGUAUCGAACUAUUAUUCACAGGAUACUACAGAGCGAGUACUCAAAUCUUACCAAUUACCCGUUGGCUCAGAUGCAAGCGAAUGGAAGACUCUAUUUGGCAGCAUAAUUGCUGACGGCCAGGUCCGAGCGCCCUCCAGGUGGCUGAUCAGCUGUCUCAGUAACCACGGUGUACCAGUUCGCGACAUUUGGCGCUACCAAAUUGCCUACCGUUUGUCUUUCAUCACUGAGAAAGUAGCACCGGCUUCCUGGGGUGUUUCACAUGCCAUGGAUAAGCCACUGUGGAAUUUCGCUAUUUUACAUGGUCCAACAGAGGCUGAAAGAGUACUUAUGAACGAUUGGAUCCAAAGCCUGGUCGCAUUUGUGCAAGAUGACCAGGAUUACGAUUUCGGUACCAGGUCAAUUGACGAAAUGAAAGUUGCGACACCGCAAGGCACCAUUGAGAUUCAAAGCGACGGACGAUGGGAGAGUCUGGUGAAACUCGGUGAAGUGUUUGCCGAUGACCACACUUGA